AUGGGGGGAGCAUUGUUGAUGUCCAAAAUACAUUGCUUAAAUAUUAAUAAAUCCAUCAUCAGUAUCAAUCCUUCCAAACAAGAUAUAUCUAGGUAUAAUAAUAAUAACAAUACUAUAACAACAGGUGCUGUCAAUCAACAACCACUACUACUAGCAACCACCUCCACUACGACGACUACUACUACUACUAUUCCUGCUACUACCAACAAUAGCAAUUAUGACUUUGUUGAUUAUAUGGUUGGUAAAUCUAUCAAUACAUCCAUCCAUCUCAUCCAUCCCAUCCAUCCAUCAAUCCGUAUGUCCAUGCAUCCAUCCGACCAUUUCAUUCAUUCAUUCAUACAUCAUUCCUUCCCAUGUUCAUUUGAUUUAAUCAACAACAACCUAGCAUCAUUCAUCAAACAACAAGAUUUACUUUUCAUAGGUAUUAAAGUUAGUCUUGCAAGAUCGAUCGUAGAUAGAACACAACAACAACAACUUUCAACAUCCGAUAAUUUAAUUGAUCAUAUUUCAUUCAUCAAUCAACUAUAUCCAUUUGCGUCGUCUGCUAUUCAAAUAUUGUCAAUUUAA